ACUCUCUGUUCCUGCAAGCUAAGUUCAUUUCUCCUCUGCGCUUUCUUCGAUUACUCUCUUCUCUGCCAACGAUCAAUCCCCACAUUUCGAGCUAAGCUACGAGCAGUCGCGAAGGAGGGGAAAUGGAGGUGAUGAGGAUGAAGCUGCUCGCCGCAUUCAUGUUGGUGGCCCUGGUGGCUUCCGCCGCCGUGCAGAAGGCCGCCGCUGCAGAGGCCCCAGCCCCGAGCCCGGCGUCCGACGCCACCGCGGUGUUCGUCCCCACAUUGUUCGCAUCCGUAGCCUCACUCGCCGCCGGGUUCUUGCUCUGAGCUCAGCUUGUAGCCAGCCAGCACCCCCCCCCCCCCCGUACAGAGAACAUAGCUCCGUUGUAAUUCACAUUUUAAAUUUUUGAAUUAAUUAUUAUUAAUUAAAAUUGUUUCAGCAUUUUUUUCGCCCACCGGAUUUAAUUUCAAUUUCCAAUUCCUGUUUUUUUUUUUUUUUAAUAAUGUUGAUAUUUUUGUUUUUGGUGAUUUGUGGUGAUUGAUUGAUGAUGUGGUGAUGAGAUUUGUCAAUGGUGGGUGUGAAAUAUACAUGUGCUUGAAGAGAUUGUAAUAUAUAUAAUUUUUUUUAAAAUA